AUGAGAUUCAAGAUUGUGGUUGGAGUGGCUCGAGGGAUUCAUUAUUUGCAUUGUGGUUGUGAUAUCAAGAUCUUGCAUUUUGAUACCAAGCCUCACAAUAUACUUCUUGAUGACAAGUUUGUUCCCAAGGUUUCCGAUUUUGGGUUAGCAAAGUUAUGCUCGGUAGAAAAGGACACAGUGACGAUGACUGCUGCUAGAGGCACUAUAGGCUAUGUUGCUCGGGAACUCAUCAACAGAAGCAUUGGCCUAGUGUCUAACAAGGCCGAUGUGUAUAGUUUUGGGAUGUUGUUGAUGCAGAUGGCGGGCGUAAAUAGAGAGUUGAGGAGAAAAAAAGAUGAUUCAACAAAGUAUUUCCCAGAUUGGAUAUACGAUUGCAUUAACAAAGGCGAGGGGAUUGUAACUGGAGAAGCAGAGAACAACAAUACUGAUGAUGACAAUGUGAUUGGAAAGAUUGUUCUUGAGAAGAUGACAAAAGUUGAUCUAUGGUGCAUACAAAUGAAUCCAGAUAAUCGUCCAUCAAUGAACACAGUGUUGGAGAUGUUGGAAGGUCAUGUAGAAGAUUUGAAGAUUCCGGAGCAUCCAUCUCUCACUUAG